AUGGAUGCUAACUUCAAGCGAAAAACAAUCCAUCGCAGUAUCUCGCUGCUGCUGCGUGAUAUUGAUCAGAUGUCGCUGAGCGAAAUCGGCACGUCCAAUCCUGCACUAAACUGCGAAGAUACCGGUACGGCAGCUGAUCCCACUGCACGGCAUGAUCAUUCCGGGUGUCGUACCGCAGACAGGAGUACAUACGGUGGCAGUGGAGAUGGAGGUGGCGAAGGAGCAGGAACAAACGGCGGUGGAGGAGGACACCACGAUCCCAGUCUGGCCUGUUACUCGAUCCGCAGCGAACCGGAAGAGUACGACGAAAAUCUGGACGCACCGGACUCGGUAACCUAUCUGUCGAUCGGUGGCAACAAUCCUGUGCUGGUGAUACGCGAAAGUGAUGCGGACAGUGUCAGCCCUGCAUCCGAGAUCCCGUACAACUUCGUGUACAAUGCGCCGGUAAAGUUCGAUUCGAUGCGCCGCCACAUUUUCAUACCGGGGCUGGAGAUCAUUGUGGAGAUCAUCGACUACGAGCGUAGCCUAACGUCGCACGUGCUUAACCCUAAUCUAUACACAGUGAAGCUCACACAUGGACCAUUCUCGUGGACGAUACAGAAGCGAUACAACCAUUUCAGAAAUUUGCACCAGCAACUGACGACAUACAGGGCAUCGUUGCACAUACCGUUUCCGACGAAAAGCCACAAAGAGCGAAGGGAUAGCUUCCGGAAUAUGCAUACCGUGCAUCAGGCAACGGCAUCGCCUGCCAUGCAGCAGAAGCUUGGCAAACCGUUGAAAAAGAUCAAGAAAAGUGCACUGCCUCGCUUCCCGCUCAAGCCAGACUCACUCGUUUCGUUCGACGCCAUUCCGCAGCGGAUCAAACAACUCGAGGAAUACCUGUACAAUCUGCUUAACAUCUCACUGUAUCGGAACUUCCACGGAACGAUCAACUUCCUGGAAGUGUCACACAUUUCGUUCAUAUCCGCACUGGGUGAGAAGGGAAAGGAGGGCCCAAUCAAGAAGCGCACCGGAUCGACACGCCCCGGCCAGUCCGGUUGCAAUUUCUGCGGGUGUCUUGCCGGUGGAUGUUGCGUGCGGUGCAGCUACUUCUGUACGGAUGUGCUCUGGAGCAAGUGGCGGAAUCGGUGGUUCUUCGUGAAGGAAACCUGCUUCGGGUACUACCGGCCAAAGGACGGUGUGCUGCGAUGUGUCGUCCUGUUCGACCAGGGCUUCGACAUCUCGUCCGGGAUGUAUAGUACGGGCAUGCGCAAUGGGUUGCAGAUAGCAACGAAUUCGCGGUAUCUCGUCAUCAAGUACCCGACGCGUCGUAUGGCGAAAGAGUGGAUGACCCAUAUGAAGCGGGUGGUCAACGAAAGUGCACGCGAUUUCACGCUCCCGAACCCGCACCAAUCGUUUGCACCAUCCCGACCGGGUGUUCAAGCGGGGUGGUUCGUGGACGGUGCGGGAUACAUGAGCGCUGUGGCCGAUGCGUUGGAAGGUGCGACGGAAGAAAUUUUCAUCACCGACUGGAUGCUCAGCCCGGAGAUCUACAUGAAACGGCCGGCGAUCGAUGGUGAUUACUGGCGGUUGGAUAAGAUUUUGAAGCGCAAGGCAGAGCAAGGCAUCAAGAUCUUUGUGUUGCUGUUUAAGGAGUUGGACUUUGCGCUAGGCAUCAACAGCUACUACAGCAAGGCGAAGCUGGUGGAACAGCAUGAAAACAUAAAGGUGCUUCGACAUCCGGAUCACGCCCGGGCUGGCAUACUGUUUUGGGCCCAUCACGAGAAGUUGGUCAUCGUCGAUCAAACGUACGCGUUUGUGGGUGGGAUUGAUUUGUGUUACGGACGCUGGGAUGACUACCAACACCGACUGACCGAUCUGGGAAGCAUUUCCUCGUCGACGAAUAGCUCCGCCAACAACACCACUACCCGCAAACCCUCGACGGUGGUCGAGCUGGACGAGAAUGGGUCCGUGGCGAAUUUGCUCAAGUCUAGCAAAAACAUUGCCAUUGCAACGGCAGUGGACCGUCAGGUGCCAACGCCCGUCGCAGUAAAGCGUACCGAUUCUUCCACCACCAAAUCCGCCAAAGAUGGCACACCGAACGGUAAGCAGAAGCUCGCACAAAACAACCCGGAAGCACCGGCCGGGAUGGGUGAACCACCGGACAAGCUGCUACAGGCAGCUGCUCAAGCACUGGGCGACCAGCAGCUGCCGGCGGAGGAGAGGGAUGAACUGCCGGAAAACAUUAAACAGAACACGCCGGAAAUGGAGCGCCGAAACAUUAUGGGUAUGAUCAAGGAUAUGGGCCGGGAUCUAAAGAACCGUAUCACUCUGUCGGAACAUCCAGAACAUUCGCACGGGACGGAGGUGUUUGCGGCGGGCGGUGGUCCAAAGAGUAACAUCGGCAGUCCGGUGUAUCUUUCCGAGGAGGAGCGUCGCAAGAAGCAACUCUACGGGGGCGAUAAGAGUGCGAUCGCACAAGAUGUGGCCAGCCCGCAACCCUUCAAAAAUGCGCCCAUCUUUGAGCUGGACGGACAGGCAAAGCUGUGGAUUGGCAAAGACUACAUUAAUUUCAUCGUUAAAGACUUUACAAACCUUGACAUGCCGUAUGUGGAUUUGGUCGAUCGUUCGACGACAGUGCGAAUGCCAUGGCACGAUGUAGCAACUGUCGUGCUGGGACAAGCGGCCCGGGACGCUGCCCGCCAUUUCAUCGAACGGUGGAACGCGGUCAAGCUGGAAAAGUGUCGCGAAAAUGCCAACUACCCGUACCUGCUGCCAAAGAGCUACAAUGACAUCCGCGUGGACAGUAAGUUCCUGAACGUGCCGCUGCAUCACGUCACCUGCCAGCUGUUGCGCAGUGCGUCCAGCUGGAACUGUGGCUUCAUCGAACCGGACUACGUGGAACAGAGCAUCCACGAGGCGUACGUGCAAACGAUUUCCAAGGCACAGCAUUACAUCUACAUCGAGAACCAGUUCUUCAUUAGCAUGGAGCUGGGGAACAGCGUGGUGAAGAACCAAAUAUCCGAGUAUCUGUUUAAGCGGAUCGUGCGUGCGCACCGCGAGAAGAAAGUGUUUCGGGUGUACGUCGUGAUGCCACUGUUGCCAGGAUUCGAAGGAGACGUCGGCGGAUCGUCGGGAAUCUCGUUGCGAGCGAUUACCCACUGGAACUAUGCGUCUAUUUCGAGGGGCAAAUCGUCACUUCUCGAACGGUUACGAGCGGCCGGCAUACAGAAACCGUGUGACUACAUAUCGUUCCACAGCCUGCGGACAAACUCCACGCUGAAUGGGGUGCCGGUGACUGAGUUAAUUUAUGUGCAUUCUAAGCUGCUGAUUGCCGACGACAAGGUUGUGAUCUGUGGGUCUGCCAACAUCAACGAUCGUUCGCUGCUGGGCAAGCGAGACUCGGAAGUUUGUGUUAUGAUAACGGACGAAUCAUUCGAAGAGGGUCGUAUGAAUGGUGAAUCGUACCCCUGUGGUGUCUAUGCGGGGAAGCUGCGAAAGUUCCUGUUCCGCGAGCAUCUCGGUCUGUUGGAACCGGACCCGAAACGGGAACCGAUCGACGUUACGGAUCCGGUGAUACACUCGUUCUGGAAUGACGUCUGGCGACGGACGUCCCGCCGCAACACGCUCAUCUACGACGAAGUGUUCCGUUGCAUCCCGUCCGAUAAUGUGCAAUCGUUCGCCAUGAUGAAACGGUUUCUGGAGGAUAAAAGUUUGCUCCAGUCGAACCCGGACGGCAUUCAGCAGGCCGUUGCACGCAUCGAGGGCAAUGUAGUAGAUUUACCGCUGAAAUUUCUCAGCAACGAGGUACUUACUCCACCCAACACAAGCAAAGAAGGUAUCAUGCCGACCUACAUGUGGACCUAA